AUGGAGCGCCACGGCAAAUGCCGGAAAUGCCACAAUACCGGAGUCGAUUGCGAAUGGAAGGAGAUCUCAAAGACUCGUCGACGACAACGUACUGGGCUACGAAUCAUGGAGCUUGAAGACAAGCUCUCUACCAUCAUGGAGUCUUUGCAUGCGGCUCAAACACCCUCUCGACCUGUGGCUCAAGACUCUCUGGCCUCUGUUUCUCAACCAGGCGACCAUGGGACCAUACAGGUACCACGCUAUCCUGCUCAAAGAACAAAUACUUGCGACCUCCACCUAGCGGAAGCAGCGGACAAGGGACACGAAUCUGUCGCAGCACCUCGCCUCCUGUCCAGUCUGCCUGUCAUGAGCACCUUGUCUCCGGAGCAAGCAUCGGGAUUGCUUGCGGACUUCAUUGCGGUCCAAUUGCCUCAGUACCCAGUCAUCUCUAUCCCAGUGGAUGUAACAGUCCAGUCCUGGCAGAGCCAUCGGCCCUUCACCCUCUCUGCUGCGAUAACUGCUGCCUGCGGUAUAUCCGAGCCUCGACUCUUCCAAAGCUUGUCUGAAGCAAAUUCCCAGCUUCUGUGCCAGGCCGCCAUCGUCGAGGGCGAGAAAAAUAUGGAUAUACUGCAGGCUCUGCUCAUAACUGCUGUCUGGUGCUACCCGCGAGGCGAUCUGAGGAAGCUGAACAUCCACCAGUGGACACACAUGGCCUGUACCAUGGCCAUGGAACUAGGUUUGGGAGGACAAACGUCCUGGCAAGUGCAGCACCGUGAUGUGGACGAACUAUUGCACAAUCCCUCCCCUAUUAUGCUAGAGAGAUUCCGUACCAUGUUCGGGGUGUAUCUAACCUGCUCUAGAAUCGCUACCAGCGCAGGUCGACAGAGGAUGAUAUCAUACAGUCCCACGACGCUUUCUGCCAUCUCACUUUUCAAACAGUCCAGUAGGGAUCCGAAUGACCAACGUCUUUUGGCAUGGCUGAAACUGCAGUCCAUUGCCGAAGAUAUUGAGAAAACGAAGGUGAAGAUCGCCAAUCCCGCAGUUGGAUCUGCCACAGAGGCAGGCCGUUUUAAAGACGACAUCGCCCUUUUCGAGGCUCGUUUGCGCGACUGGGAAGCCAUCACUGAGGUGGCUCUCUUGAAUGGCAUACUCGCUGACAAGGCUGGAUCAGAGUCUCUAAAGAUCGAACUCAAGUUCUGUCAAAGCAAACUCUACGAAUUGGUUGUCUACCUAGACCAGGAAAGCCAGCACCUCGAUCUUCCCCAGCUGGGCGUGGCAACUGAUCACCCACUAGCAGCGCCUCAAACCCCUUUUACACCCACGUACAUACGAACCCUCCUGGCAUUCAUUGGAAAUUGCCAAUCAAUCCUCGACAUCAUCCUGGCGGCGGACGUCCACGUAGUCCGCACAUUGCCGGUCCUGACCAUGCUCCGCGUCCCCUAUGCCUUCAAAGCCCUGGCGGUGCUCAUGAAGAGAAUGAGAAAUCCCGAUGACAGCAUUGGCAGGAUUAUUGAUGAAGAUACGCUCAGGUGGGACCACUAUGCUUCCUCUGUCGCAAGGCAGCUAGAAGCCGCCAGUGCGAUGGGUCUUUACGCGGUACCUGCCGCCAUACUCAAAUUGCGAGAUGUUGCCGGGCCCUCUCCACGAUCGCUACGAGCUGAAGAUGGAAAUGGUGAGUCGGCUGACUCCGGGCGUUGUUCUGUGCAGCAGCCUUUCCCGCCACCUCCAACUGCUUCAGAAUCAUCGAAACUAUUCAUACUUGGCUCCUCCGUCGAUGUGGCGCCUGACUUUUCGUUGGCUCGGGGUGUUCCAGCCAUGUCGGAUAAUUAUUUCUGGUAUGAAGAUUUCACCCAUUUCGCUAUGCCACCCGUCGAGGAUUCGAGGGCUUGGGAUUACUUCUCCGGUGCAGCCCUUCUGCCUAGCUGA